AUGCCUCAAUCGCUCAGAAACUUCCUCCGCAACCCCGCCUACACAUUCGUCGAUGUCGUGAUCAAGAACGAUGUAGAGAAGCUUAUGGAGAACUGGAACCUAGAGGUUGCGAAUACGACUGACAUUGGAGCAUUGGCAACGGAGGAGUAUGGUAUGAGGAAUCUUCGGAAUACAGGGUUAAAAGGGUUGAUGAGUAGGGUUCUUGGGAAGGAGUUGAUCAAGCUGAAGAGUGUUACGAUGAGUGAUUGGGAUAAUGAAUGGCUGACUCUGGAUCAGAUUAGGGUUCUUAAUAUUUCUAUGUUUGAUGUGCAGAUGGAUGUUGACUGUUUGAUGAUCUAG